UUAGUGGUGACGUCACAAUUUGUAACUGUAUCUAAACAAACAUAUCGUCCAUUUAGAUACAAUAGCUGUGAUUUUAGAUCAGUUAUUAUUUCCUUAUAUUUGAAAAAAAAAUAAAUUAUUUUAACUUGUAUACAUUCACUAGGACGUUUACUAAAGUAUAUAUUCGACUCCAAUCAAAACAGCGUUUUUCAUCUAAAUAAUAAUGGUGCAGUGCUGGGCACCUGGCUGUAAGCAUUACAAUGUCAGAGAGCGUUGUAAGUUUUAUAGAUUUCCAAAGGAUCCAAAAGUAAGAAGCAAAUGGAUAAAGCUAACAAGAAGAACAACAGAACCAGGUCCCGGAGCUUUUUUGUGUAGUUGUCAUUUUGUAGAUGGAAAAAAAGAAAAUGGGCCAACCAUUUUUUUACACAAUGAAGGAAAAAUGUUUAACGACCAAUAUCCCCAGAAAAAGAAAAGACCACUUCAAGAUGGGUUGGAAUUGCAAAUUGAACCACAAGCAUCUACGUCAAAAGAAACAGACGACUUCUCUCAAAGCAACCAUGUUAUGACAGAAGCAGAAAACUAUUUCUUACGACAAAGUCUAGAAAAAGCUACAGGUAGUCUCUCUCACUUAUCAGAAACAUUCUCCUUUGAUCAUAUUAGGAGUGAUAAUAACUUGGUCAUUUUAUAUACUGGUUUGCCUACAACAGAUGUAUUCAUGGCUCUGUAUCAUUUGUUGGAAAAAAAUGAAAUAAGAUAUUAUUUUAAAUGGAAGGUAGAAAAAAUGAGAAAAAUUGAUCAGCUGCUCAUGACUUUGAUGAAAUUGAAACAAAAUUUUCCACAUCAAGAUUUAGCAGUAAGGUUUAAUGUUUCACAAGGCACAGUCUCAAAUGUUGUAACAACAUCGGUGCAUGCCUUGCAUGAAAUUUUAUUCAAACAAUUCAUGUCUGAAAUACCAGAUAGAAGUAAAAAUCAGUUGUGCUUACCAAACUGUUUUAGUAGUUUCACAAAUUGUAGAAUUAUAAUAGAUUGUACGGAAGUUUAUACUUGUAUAAAUCGCCAAAGUAUGUCUUCCCAGAAGUUGACGUACAGCUCAUAUAAGCAUAGAAAUACAUGCAAAGGAUUAGUAGGUGUUGCACCAAAUGGUGUAGCUACAUUUUUAUCAUGUUUAUAUCCAGGUUCAACAUCAGACAAAAAAAUUGUCAAAGAUUGUGGAAUCUUAAAUCAACUUAAACCUGGAGACUUGGUAUUGGCAGAUAAAGGAUUCCUAAUUAAAGAUUUAAUGCCUCCCGGAGUUCAUAUUAAUAUUCCCCCAUUUCUUACAACUCCUCAAUUCACUACAGAACAAGUUCAUCAAACUGAAUGCAUUGCUCGAGCAAGGAUUCAUGUGGAGCGUGCUAUAAGGAGAAUGAAGGUGUUCAAUAUAUUAAAUUUAAUUCCACAUUCUUUGUUACCACAUGCUGAUGCUGUGUUUCAGGUAGUAGGUGCUUUAACAAACUUGCAGUAUCCUUUAAUUAAAGAAGUUGGAUAA